AGAAAGCCGCGCAAGCUGUUUGAGUUCCUCACCUGCGCGCAAUACUGUGCAAUCAGACGAAACGCGCUAGAGACGCAGUUCAUCAAUCACCUGCCGCUGAGGUCGCGCGUUUGUGUAGAAGACAAAGGUUAUCAAAGAUUUCAUAAUGGGAUGCUUUGAAAUAGGAGCGUUAUGGCUUAUGGUCACUAUGAUAAGCAUUCAUGCACACACCUCUGCAGAUGGAAUCCAAGCUGAAUGUCUUGGAAAUAGGGUACAGUUUAUCCUCUCUGGUUCCUUGAGUGCAGGAAGUCCUUUAGAACUUUAUGCAGUCAAUGACACACAGACAGUCCUUCUCACACCUCACCUGGCGGCUCAGUGUGGCUAUACACAGAAAUCUGAUCCAUGGGGGAAUAUGAUAGUGUCAGCUUCUAUACAGAGUUGUUAUGCAGAGAACCAGGGUGACAAGGAAUUUAGAGUAGCCAUGCAAUUUAAACUGUAUGAAUUCCCCACGCUAUCUGAGAAAGUCCAUGAAGUGUUCAAGUUCUGCAGUCACACCAUGACGUCACGUGAGAUUUUGUGUGAAACAAACUUCAUGGAGGUGUCUGUAAGAAAUGCGAUACCAGAAAUCAAGACAGCACCAGUACAACAGCUGCCCACAGUUAUACCUAACUUGCAACUCUGGAAAAUCCUACUGUACACCCCUGAAGAGAAGUCUUUUAAUAAAGAGACCCUACAAGCGAUGGGCUACAAUGUUCAGAGUUCUCCAACACGACUGGUCAUGCGAAGCCCAUACAACAUGGUCGAAACAUUUGUCCAAAAUGUUGACGAUGUUGAUAUGGUAGUGUUUAAAUCAGUGGUCUUGUUUCGAGACCGCUGGAUGAUGACUAUAGUCGAGUCGGCAGCUGCCUGUCCAAUUAAUGGAGCUUCAGUUGUGGGUCAAAUGAUUUAUUGGCAAGUUCCUCUGCACAUAACUCCUUUGGUGUCCUUGGAAGUUGAAAUCCUGGAGGUGCAUGUGGGCAUCAAUGGAAGAAGGCUAACACCUGAAGAGAUGGAAAGCCGUAACUAUGCCGUGACCUUCAAAGAGUCCCAUGUAGUUGUUGAGAUUCCUAUUGGGGCUGCUGAUGGAUACUACAAGAGUCAUGUUCUUGAGGACCAGUACCAUGUCAGUUACACCAUAGAACCCAUGCUUGAGCUGCUGUGGAAGGAGGGCGAGGAUGAGACCACGUAUAAGGUCUUGUUCCCCAUCACCACUCCUUUGACACCAUGGCCACCCCAAGUUACAGACUACACUCAGCCCGAGCAGAGGGUGUUUGAUGUAUUGCUGGGUUACUUCCUACCUGAUGUGGAGCUGCUGAACAUCACCAUUGGCUCUGAAUUGCACACUGUCUCGGAGAUCAUUAUUAAAGGCAUUAACCUGCAAGAGCACAGCUUUCCAAAUGACACUAAAGCUUUUGCUCUCCAGGUUCACUUCUCUGAACCUUAUGUCCAAAUAAAGAUGUUUCGGCCUGAUGUAAGAACCUACAUACUUGAUUUGGUCUUUGGUUUUGUCAUCUUGCCUGAACAUACAGCAUUUUCACACUCCGUUGUACUAGAAGCUCCUUUAGCUGACAUUGUCCUUCCACAUGCAGAGGGAAGUUGCAAUGAGGACAGCUUCAAUAUUUAUGUCAAAUAUGGGAGCACCCCAAGUUCCCAAGUAAAGAUUAAACUGGGACGUUUGGAGCUGAAUAAUACGAUUUUACAGCAGUAUGAGCAUCAUUCAAAUGAAACCCAUUUCGAAAUCAUUGUGCCAUUCCUAGCGCCAGUUGUGGCUUUUGAGUCCGUUCAGUUGUCUGGAAUCAUCGGAAGAAUUGACGUAAAAAUGUACGAUUCCUUGAAUAACUGGAACUUCAGAGAGUUCUCUCUUGCCUGCCCCUUUUUUGUAAUAUUGUCAGAGUGUUUUUCUAAUGGAACAGUAACUGUGGUGCUUCCCAAACUGGAAUUGUUCCCACAUAUUCUUCCCGGUGAACUCUCUCUAAGAGACCCGUCCUGCAAACCCUCCUACAGUCAAGACUACUUUGCUUAUUUUCUCUUUGGUGUCACCACUUGUGGAACCACACGAAAGUUUGUUGAGGAUACCAUGAUAUACGAGAAUGAAAUCACCUGGAAGAGAGAUGUACUUUUGCCAGAGACAGUACUCCCUGAGCAGGAAUACAGGUUCACGGUGUCCUGUGUUUAUAUCGCAAACGCCACUCAAAGCAUGAUCUUUCAUGCUGUUUCGCACUUUAAAAAGCCACACGCAGAUGCUGGGAAUGGUGAACUCACUGUUAGCCUGAGGCUUUCUAAGGAUGUGGUUUUCCGGCUCUUCUAUCAUGAUGGUGACUACCCAGUUUUAAAGUUUCUGAAACAGCCUCUGUAUUUUGAGGUGGGUAUGGAUCACUUCAAGGACUCCAGGGUAGCAGUAGUCCUGGAAAACUGUUGGGCAACACUAUCCAAGGACAAAGAAUCCAAACCUAGAUGGAGUUUAAUAGUUGAUGGAUGUGCCAAUCCUAAAGACCCUGAACAGACCAUCUUCCAUCCUGUAAUGGCAGAUGACAGAGUGGACAUCCCAGAUCACUUCAAAAGAUUUGAAGUUAAAACAUUUGCUUUCAAAAAUGAUGAGAGUUCUGAAAGUGAGGAUGACGCCUUGGCCAGAAGGGUUUUUGUCCAUUGUGACGUCGUUAUUUGUCAUGUCGAGAACACUGCUGGUGGACGUUGCUACAAAGAGUGUCCGGCAGCUCAGAAUCUGGUUGGGAGCAGUUCAAAUAGAGUUCGCAGAAGUUCAGGCUUUUCAGAGGAAGCCCUGCAGCAUGUGUCUAUAGGCCCCAUUCUGUUGAUAUGAACCUGUAAGUUUAAUAUUUCCAAGUUAUCUCAGGAAAUGUACUUGAGUAAUUCUGAAGGCAUCAGCACAAGGAGACUUCUGGUUUUGUACACCACUUGCUGCAACAUGGAACUCUAAGUCAUAUAUCUGAUGCAGAUGAUGUGAACCUGUGGACUUUCUGCGUUGAAUAACACCUGCCUUGUGGAAUUUCCACAAAUAGAUGUCUGUAACAGACAGUCUCCCAUAGCAGUUACUUAAUGAAGAAGCUGUGAUUGUCCACAAGAUGGCGUCUCAAGUGCAAUAAAUCGUUUUAACCCAAUCGACCAAGUGGAAUUUGAUCUAUUUCAGAACAUAUACCACAUAACAAAAUAAGAUUGCAUUUAUGGGAAUUAUAUAUAUGUGACUGUUAAAAGCAAUUUAAUGUAUACAUGUAGCAUGUUUUUCUGGACCAUUUAUAUCAAAACAGAUGAUGCAAAAAUAAAUGGUGAAAAUCAUUGAUUUGAUUCCCCAUAUCUUUGGAUGAAUUUCAGAUUAAUCAUUCUUCUUAACAAAAAUCUGAAAUUAAUGAAACUCUUCAGAAAACUCUAGUGUGAACAGGAGUGAUUGUUGCCACAUAUUUUGCUGUGGUAGGGGGUUGUGGGAUAGGUUGUGCUGUCUGAUAAGGUGGUUGGGAGGAACAGGCAAGUAGGAGAUCUGUUACAGGUUGAUCAAUGUUUAAACAAUGUUGUUGUUGUUGUUAUGGAUGUAUUGGGCUCCUGUAGGCUAACUGAAUAUUACUAAAUAUAAGAAUAAUUAUUUUUGGCAGUUGUGCUACACAAGAAAUGUUAUGACCUUCUGUGAAAAUUAUUUCCUUUUUACUGUAAUAAUAGAAAACAAUGCAUUAUGAUUCAUUUGUAAUGUAAAGUUCAGGAACCACCACUUUCAAAUGUAUACUGCACAGCUUCUUCCAUAUAAUGACUGCGUAGUGACCAUGAACUGUCAAUCUCUAAAAAGUGCAAUCAAACAAUAAGAAUUAUUUGAAAUACAGUGUACCACUCCUGUGGAUUUUUUUCCCCUCUGCCAUCACAAAUAGUUACUGUAGAACAGUGAACUGAACAGUGUAGAUAUGAACACUGCAAACUUUACAUAUGUGAGGCCAGCGUAUGACCUUUGAGCAUGAAGAUAAUAGAUGACUCUUGUGAAAUGUUAUAAUGGCAAACAUAUCAAUGGAAAGAAUGUUAACAUUAUUGAAUGUGAAACCUGGAA